AUUGACUGAGUGAGAUGGAUGAGGGAUGAGGUAACUUCAAUUUUAGGUUACAUCUACUUAAUUUACCUAUUUUUUAUUUCACAUUUUCAGUAACUAAACUAAGUUCAGUUGUUUGUUGUUGUUAGAUAGACCUUUUGGUCAAGUAACUGUGUGAGAAUGGAGGAUGAAAAUGACGAAGAAAAAGUAAUAGAAGAGGAUUACUAUACUUUUCUGAAUAUCCCAAGAAAUGCCAGCAGUGAAGAGAUCAAUUAUGCUUAUCGCAGACUCAGUAGGCUUUACCACCCAGACAAGCAUACCAGUGAUCCCUUGAAAAAGAAUGACGCUGAACUUUUGUUCCAUAAAACUAAAAAAGCUUAUGAAGUUUUGAACGACCCACACAAAAGAGCGAUCUAUGACAGUCUGGGCACAAAGGGGCUAGAAACUGAAGGCUGGGAGAUUGUCCAACGCACCAAAACUCCUCAAGAGAUCCGUGAGGAGUAUGAAAGACUCGCAAGGGAGAGAGAAGAACGGAGACUACAAUCGCGAACCAAUCCUCGGGGAAAUGUUACAGUCAAAAUUAAUGCCACUGAGAUGUUCGCCCAAUAUGAUGAAGAUGAAUAUGAAUAUGACAUACCCCUGGUGGAGAUCUCUGGUAUGUCUAUAUCCCAGUCAGUGGAGGCUCCCCUCACCACCCGCAACCUCAUGACAAUUGGGGGAGAGAUGUCUACGCACAAUGGGACAGGUUCAGGAGCGUUGACAUUGACUGCUAAGAGAUUGCUGCAAGACAACAAGUGGGUCGAAGCUGACUUGUCAGUAGGCAACGGAGUGGUGCUCGGACUCAAGCAUUUCCGCUACCUCACACGUCGCAUCUUCGGCACUGGCACACUACAACUGCACUUCACAGAUAGUGGCAUCAAACCUGGGAUCGAGGCCACUCUGGCCACACAGUUGAGCGACAACACGAUGGGUUACCUGACAUACCGCGUUGAUCUGCAACAGAGCUCCAUGACGACCUCCAUCGCUCACAACACGGACCGUCUCAGUGCAGGCUGCGGCAUCACGCUAGGAAUACCUCACUCCUUCCUCUCAGCCAACUGCUCUUAUAACUUCAAACAGAAAAAGCUCAAGGUGCAUUCGGCAAUUAAAGGUGGGACAUUUGGUGCAUUAUUGGAGUACUCGGCUGAGAAGAAAGUGUCUGAGCAAAGUUCCAUGUCAGCUAUGGUCAGUGUUGGAGUGCCCUCGGGGGUGAGACUGAGGAUCAAAGUGACAAGAGCUAGACAGACGUUUGUGUUUCCCAUCCAUCUCUGCGAGGAGCCCCUGCCUAGUCCAGUGUUCUACGCCACUGUUGUGCCUCUGAUAGCCUACACCAUAAUCAAAUACACGAUCAUCGACCCGAUUGUAGCUGAACAAGAGCAACAGAGCAAAAAGAAACAACAAGAGGCAAAUAAAAACAGGAUGGCUCAGAUGAAGCGGGAGGCAAUGGCAGCUGUUAACCUGAUGGGAGUGACGUUCUCACGUAUCCGUGCGACAGAGGAGGCUAACAAAGGAGUGGUGAUUGUUAAGGCUUUGUAUGGCCGACUGACGACGCUGACGGAGGGAGAGAGGAAUGUUAAAGAAGACUUGAUUGACGUUACAAUACCAGUGCAGUGUCUGGUCAAGGACGCUGUUCUAGUACUGCAUGAUGCUUCAAAGAGCCAGUUGCCUGGGUUCUAUGAUCCGUGUGUGGGAGAAGACAAGGGUCUCUAUAUACAGUAUCUGUUCCACAGCCACGUCUCUGAGGUCUUGUGUAGUGAUACUGAGGCCCUCAGGAUACCCAAGCUAGCUCAUCGGAUUACCCCGACCUGACUGGGGGAUAGUCAUUUCUAGUACUUGUUAUGGUAUUGUUAUUAGUUAUUGUCUUGUAUAAAGUGUAAAGUAAUGCAUCAAUAAAUAUAAUUAAUUUGUGCUGA